AUGGCAGGCAAGAGGAAAUACAAAGCCCAUUCUCCCCAAGUCAAAAUCAAGAUCAUAGAGACAGAUGAGGAGAUUGGCAAGAUUGAAACUUUACCUGUCAUGAUAUCCUGGGCAUUAGGACUGUUUUUGAAUCACUACAAAAGAAAGCUGGUCAGUUUUAAAUGCCAGGACCUGUGCCUGCUUCCCACCAGAGCAUCAGUUCCCUUUUUUGAAGGUUCAGUUGGCUUUGGGACUCGCCAUGCAGGGAGAUGGAAAAAUCAAUCCUGUAACUGGGGGAAAAGAUGCCUUAGGGUUUCAGAAGUCCAGAAGCAACAAGAAAAAAAUGGUGGUACAGGAAGAAAGGAGAAAGGUGAAGAAUCUGGGAUGAACUGGAAGCAGGAGGAUGAGUGUGAAGACAUAGAAACAGAUGAGGAAGAAAUAUCACAGCUUCCACACCAAUCCAGUUAA